UAAACCCUGUUUACCCCAGAAACCUUAACUGUGGACAGACAGAAGAGGAGAGGGAGAGAAUAUUCAGACACAAUAAAACUCUGAGGGGGAAAAAAUAUGUGGAAGGAGGAGGCAGCAGAGGCCUGGGGAAGCGAUUGAAAAGUUUCCCCGGCUUAACUUCUCCCUCCCCUCCCCCCCUUCCAGCAGCAGAAGCAGCAGCAACAGCACAAGAUCAUCCUCAAGAUAUCAGAAAAAAAGAGUUAAGUCUUAUAUUAACUGAAGCACUGAAGUGACAACUAUGGAAGCACAAAUAGAAAACAAGUAAAAAUGAUAGCUGCAGACUGUAUUGCUGGACUGCUCUAUUGCAACAGGGAGAGCUGUCAACAGAUGUCACCUUAAGGGACAAAGGACUUGCUACAAAGCCAUCAAAAGUCAAUAGAAACACUCGUUGACUUUAAUGGACUCUGGAUCAGUUCCAAAGUGAAUACACAAAGCUGCAGCUAAACAAGCAAACAGGUCAUGGCACGCUUAACGAAAAGACGACAAGCAGAUACAAAAGCUAUCCAGCAUCUUUGGGCAGCUAUUGAAAUAAUCCGGAACCAGAAGCAAAUUGCUAAUAUUGACCGUAUUACAAAGUAUAUGUCUCGAGUCCAUGGUAUGCAUCCAAAAGAGACCACACGUCAGUUGAGCUUAGCAGUGAAGGAUGGUCUUAUUGUUGAAACCCUGACCGUGGGAUGUAAGGGAUCAAAAGCUGGUAUUGAACAAGAAGGAUACUGGUUGCCAGGAGAUGAGAUUGCCUACAGUAUGCAGCCUUUCUCCCGGACAACAGCAAAAAACAAGGACUGGGAAACAGAAAAUCAUGACUGGUAUUGUUUUGAAUGCCAUUUGCCUGGAGAGGUGUUGAUAUGUGACCUGUGUUUUCGUGUGUAUCAUUCCAAGUGUUUGUCUGAUGAGUUCAGGCUUAGAGACAGCAGUAGUCACUGGCAGUGCCCAGUUUGCAGGAGUAUUAAGAAGAAAAACACAAGCAAGCAAGAGAUGAGCACAUACCUGCGAUUCAUUGUCUCACGUAUGAAGGAGCGGGCUAUCGAUCUAAACAAGAAGGGGAAGGACAACAAGCACCCAAUGUAUAGAAGGCUGGUGCACUCAGCUGUCGAUGUUCCUACUAUACAAGAGAAAGUAAAUGAAGGAAAAUAUAGGAGUUAUGAGGAGUUCAAAGCAGAUGCUCAGCUGCUUCUACACAACACGGUGAUUUUCUAUGGAGCGGACAGUGAACAAGCUGAUAUAGCUAGGAUGCUUUACAAAGACACAUGCCAUGAGCUGGAUGAACUGCAGCUUUGCAAGAACUGUUUCUAUUUGUCAAAUGCACGUCCUGACAAUUGGUUCUGCUACCCUUGUAUACCUAAUCAUGAAUUGGUUUGGGCCAAAAUGAAAGGGUUUGGGUUUUGGCCAGCCAAAGUCAUGCAGAAAGAGGACAAUCAGGUCGAUGUUCGCUUUUUUGGGCAUCACCACCAAAGGGCCUGGAUCCCUUCAGAAAACAUUCAAGAUAUCACAGUUAAUAUCCAUCGGUUGCAUGUGAAGCGCAGCAUGGGCUGGAAAAAAGCAUGUGAUGAACUGGAACUGCACCAGCGUUUCCUUCGUGAUGGGAGAUUCUGGAAGUCUAAGAAUGAAGAUAAAGGUGAGGAGGAGGCAGAAUCCAGUAUCUCUUCCACCAGCAAUGAGCAGCUGAAGGUUACUCAGGAACCCAGAGCAAAGAAAGGACGACGUAAUCAAAGUGUGGAACCCAAAAAGGAAAAUUGUUUAAAAAAAAACCUGGUCAUAACUGGCAGAAAGGAGCCAGAGCCUGAAACUGAAGCAGUAAGUUCAAGCCAGGAAAUUCCCACAAUGCCUCAGCCCAUUGAAAAGGUUUCAGUCUCAACACAGACCAAGAAGUUAAGUGCCUCUUCUCCAAAAAUGCUGCAUCGGAGCACCCAGACCAAUAAUGAUGGAGUGUGUCAGAACAUGUGCCAUGACAAAUACACCAAAAUCUUUAAUGACUUCAAAGACAGGAUGAAGGCUGAUCACAAGAGAGAGACCGAGAGAGUUGUACGAGAAGCAGUGGAAAAGCUGCGUACCGAGAUGGAGGAGGACAAAAGGCAGGCUGUAAAUAAAGCUGUAGCCAACAUGCAAGGAGAGAUGGACAGAAAAUGUAAGCAGGUAAAGGAGAAGUGCAAAGAAGAGUUUGUAGAAGAAAUUAAGAAACUAGCAGGUCAACACAAGCAGCUGAUUUCCCAGACCAAGAAGAAGCAGUGGUGCUACAACUGUGAAGAGGAGGCUAUGUACCACUGCUGCUGGAAUACUUCCUACUGUUCCAUCAAGUGUCAGCAGGAACACUGGCAUGCUGAACACAAACGUACCUGUCGCAGAAAAAGAUGAAAGAUUUAGUCCUCCCCUAGAAAACCACCCCGAUGAUUGCUAUUCUCAGACACAGCGGUUUUUGUUUCCAAGAAGCCAAAAUUGUUUAGAAUUUGCUUCCCAUUUUGCACCAGCCUUUAAACAAUUUUCGUAAAGAAAUUUUGCACAGUAGUUUCAACCUUCUGUUUAAUGCUCCUCCAAAAUUUUGUCAGUCUACUGAAUUUAACGUCAGUGGGAGCAGGUUACUUUAAAUAAUUUUAAAUAGAGAAUUUGUUGCAUUUUAAAACAUUUUUAGGUUUUACAGAGAUUUUAAUCUUUAAAAGCAACAGAUUUAAAAAAAAAACAACAUGAGCUUAAUGAGAGGAACACUUAAAAGUUAGAUCUGAAUGUAAGAACAAUAGAACUGUUUCAGAAAAAAAAGCAUACUACCUUGAUGUAACAUUUAUUUCCUAACCUUGGCGAGCUGGUUUUGUUCAGCUUAAUUUUACUGUUUAAAGGCAUUAUCUAUUGGUUAUACCAGUGGGUAUAUGAUUGAAUUUAGGGAACAGGGUUGACACAGCAGGUGCUAGUCCUGCCUAUUUUUUCUUAAAUGUUUCCCUAUUGUGUUUUUUUCAUUAUUUCUUUUCAAUAUAUAACUUUUAUAACAAAAUAUUAGCUUUGAUCUUGUAGUUUCAAAUCACAGGGGAUUGGGGUAAUUUUUGCUGAGCUGGAUCUUAGAGAAAAAUGAAUAUUUAAAUUUUAAAGUUUGCACAUUUCAUCCUUGUCCUAACAUGAGUGCUUGUAACAAGAAAAAGAAAAGCCAAAAAAAAACUACCUUUAUUCAUACAUGGAAUUAUAGAUGAGGCAUAAAAAUAUCUUUAAUGCUUCCCCCCUCCCUCCAAGCCCCCCAACCCAAGGUCAUUCGACAGCCUAUUAUCCGGUGUCACCUAGUCCAUUGCAACUUAAUAAUAAAAGGAAAAAUAGCACUUAAGUUUCACAGAAGCCGUUAUGUUUGUAGUAAUGGGUCAUUGCCUAUUAAUGAGCUCCAUCACUGUACUCAGAAUGAAGAAUAAUGCAUGUUAAUUUUCUUGUACUAAAGAUGCCGUGAUUUGUAAAAAGUCUGUAUUUUGCGGAAUGUCUGGAUUAAGAAGCAUUACCAAUAGGAAUGGAUCGAUAGUUGAAAAAUGAUUUUUUUUGUUUUGUUUUAUAUAUAGUUAUAUGAAUUGCAUCCAUAUUCAGAGACAAUUUUUUAAAUAGGUGUAAAGCUUACUUAAACAGCUUUUCUUUUAAAAUGUCUCACCAUUUUAGUUUCUUUUAAAGGUUGGUCUUAGACUGAGUCAAAUGCCCAUUAAUCAUCCUAGCUAUUUUUUGAGAAGUUAGAGGAAUAAUUUGUAAAUAUUUAUUUAGAUCUUUGAUAUUUAUUGAAAGCAAUUACAUGAUGGAACGAUGGAAGCGGAAGAAUCAGGAGGAAAGCCUUUCAAAAAAGUUUUCUUUAGGAUUUGUCAGGGUCAGUGUAAAGAUUAAAGUAUAACUAAGUCUUCUGUGAACUGCCAUUGAAAUCCUGAUCUUUUUUACUUACAGUGGUGAUACAAGUUAAUUGAUUUGAUACUGCCAAUUAAUGCCCAAUAUGUUGAAAAAAACUACAUGGUAUGUUGAUUGGAAACAAUAGUAACUAGUUGGUAACUUGAAUUACCACAAACUGUUAUUGCCUGAUAACUGUGUAAUUAAUGUUGGUCGCCUCUGUGUUGUGAUGGUAAAACACAUCACAACUAAAAAUUAAUCUUGUUCGAUUACUUUACGAGUUCCAAAACUUCGAUCCACCCCUAUGAAAGCAAGUUAUUGUGGAUAUAUUUUUGGUGUAAAAUCAUUCCAGAAUAUGUAAUAUUUAACUGAUAGCUGCAUGAAAGUAAGAUUCGUGUUACUUUGGCUUUUUUGUCUCUGUUGACACGGUUGCACAUUUCCAAG